AUGGGCUCUCUCAAAUCAUUCACAAACGGGGAAGAAACCUUUUGAAACGUAAAACGAAAUUAAUAUUCUUAUUGAAAAAAAUCUGAUAGGCCCUCCCGCAUUUGAAAACCCUUGCUCCCGUUUCAUGCCUUCUGAACAACACGAACGUGUUUUGGUCACGUGGUUGCAGCGUGAGGUCAACAGGUAGGUGCGGUUGCUCGACUGUUCUGUUUUUAAAGGACAGAAUUGUUGCUCUGGUGGUCACAGCAUCACGGCCGUGUACUUUGAAGACAACAUGAGUUUUGAUUUGUGUGGAGGUAAGCCUUGAUUUCUUGAAACAUAAUUGCAUUUGACUCGUUCUAAUCUAAAAUGUUGUCAGUGAUCUGAAUUAGCUACAGUGUAUCUCAAUUGUUCUGUUUAUUAAUAAUAAUAUGCCAUUUAGCAGACGCUUUUAUCCAAAGCGACUUACAGUCAUGCGUGCAUACAUUUUUUGUGUAUGGGUGGUCCCGGGGACCGAACCCACUACCCUGGCGUUACAUGCGCCGUGCUCUACCAGCUGAGCUACAGAGGACACAAUGUAUUAAUGUAUUAGACACAACUGACUCAAAUAACCAACUCAUCAUCAAGCUUUGAUUAUUUGAAUCAGAUGUGUAGUUUGGACCGAGUUUGGAAACCUUUGUCUAAGACGCAAGCCAACUAUUUUCCUAGUAUUUGAGCUGAUUGCAGGCGCGCUUCACACCAGUCAAGUAUUGCAUUUAAUUAUUCCAAAGACUGCCUUAGUUGAGACUAUUUUCAUAUUUUUGGCAGAAGUCAAAUGUGCCACAAAAUUACUUGAUACAUAAAUUGCGUGAUUAACAAUCUGGACAGGUUAGGCUUAACUUUUUUUAAACAUCGGCUAGUCAGACCAUUAUUGUUCCUUCUGGCUGAUAUCCGUUUAUUUAGGUAGUGUAACGCAUAUCACAGAAUUUUCGACUGUUUUACUACCCAAUUUAGGAAGUGUCGCCAAGUUAAGGUUUGUCAAAUUCUCUGCGAUGCUUUACACUGCCUAAGUAACAACGGCUAUCAGCCAACAGGAACAGUAGUAAUGGUCCGACUAGCCAAUAUUUAAAAGCUUGCCCUUUAGUUGAAGAAGACAUAUUGGCUUUUUUCAAUUUCUCAACUAAGUCUACUAAUUAUUGCUAUCCAUCAUAAAACGUAUAAUUUAAUGAAGUGGUUGAGGUAGUUUAUUUGGAUCACUGUAAGCCUACAUGGCCUGUCUCAUUUAGAUGUCUCAUUUUCCACAGCUGUAGGAAAAGAUGAGGUGAAGAAGGAUGAUGCCUCUGGCCAGGAACAGAAAUCCCUCUUUGGAUUGGGGAAGAAGGACAAAGAUGGGGACAAGGUAAGAAACAUACUGUUACCAUUACCUAACCCAGUUGCUAGAUGAGCGCUUGAAUUGUAUUUCAGCCACCAACGGCAGUUUGUACACAAUUAAUGCUGAUGCAUACAAAGUAUUCUGACUGUAUACCAACUUUCAGAGUGCAUCCAAGGACAAAGACAAAUCUAAGGACCAUAAGAAGGACAAAGACAAGUCUAAGGAACAUAAGGACAAGAAACAUGGUGACAAGGAGCAUAAGAAGAAGGACAAGAAGCACAAGGACAAAGAUGAUGGGUCAUCUUCGUCCAGCAGCGAUGAGGUAGUGUACAUUAGCCUUGAUUUGUCCAGUUUUUUUGUUAUGGUCGAGUAUUGUUCUAAAGAAUGUCAUGUAUGACUGCUAUAGAACCUGGUCCCACAAGUCGUGUUGACAACCACACCUUAGUUCAACGGUUCCUUACUAUCAACAUGGGUAAGGUCAUAGAGGCUGUCAACACCACUUUUCUUUUCAGAAAAAAACAGGUCAUACCAGCUAUGGCAGUUUUCAGGCUAAAUGCCCUAGUUAUGUAGGCGUGGUUGGUGUUGCCAUUUACAACACUUGAGACUCAGAACUUUUACUAUCACAUGAGGUUCCAUGCACUUUUAUCAGCUAGUAAAACAUCAUUUUAGAAACAGAUCUCUAUUUCAGUCUAUUCCUUACUGUAAUAGCUAUCUGUUGUUGAUAGGUAUGGGUAAGACUCAUCAGACCUUUUAUAACCUCAGCCAUGCCUUACUUUUAUGCAAACUAGGCUAUUGUAAAAGAGGAAAUGGACAUGAAUGCUCUGAGUUACUAGGUAUGCCCUACAGUCACAUCAGGGCCUGCCAUGACAUGACUGCAUAUUUCACCCAAAACAAGUUAUUAUUAGUACAGGUAAUGGUUCAUACUGGCACCUUGAUAUGGUCAUAAUCACUAGGGUUUUAUGGCUUACCUUUUUAUUAAAUGUAUGUCUUUUGUCAUUUUAGGAUAAAGGCAAGAAGAAGCAUCACUGAUUCUGGUGCUGUGAGGAAGUGCUACUGCCAGUUAACUCUCAUGUCAAUGUUUCGUGCUGCAGUGUUGAUGCAUGAUAUUUACUGUGUACUGUUUCCUUGUUGUUCCUGAACAUGUUUUGAUGUGCCAGACUGUAAAGUAGGGGUUUUACAACAGAACAUUAAAUAACACAACCACCAGGAUAUAUGGUGAAUGUCAGACUUUUUGCAGACAUCUUUCCUCCCUAGCGUAAAGUCUGUCCACCAGAAGGUGGAGGUGUUUUUCAUUGAAUGUUUGUUUAAUAGAUUGAAUGCAAUUGAUUUGUUCAAUUGAUUGGCAAACAUAAUGUUAUUUUUUAAAUUAUGAUCAUAGUCCAGUUCAAAAGAUUGAAUUGUUCUUAUUUUAGCACAAUUUAUGAGAGAGCUCAAAUGUUCUUAGUUUGAAAUAAAAAGCAUAAGGGGAGAGCAUAUAGGCCUACCCAAAGGUUUUCUCAACGGGAUAGUGUUGGGAGUGGAACAUAGUUACAAUGCAUGUUACUUCCGUACGUACGUAUUGUACUCCGACUAUGCAGAGUGAAGAUAGGAGUCCAUUCCUUGUCUAACCUGAAUUGACCUAGUGAGCAGGUGCACUGGCCUGGAGUAAAUUCAUUCUACAAAAACGAACUAGGAAAACCAAAGCUGCGCAAGACGACAAGACUGGGGUACACAAAAUGCAUGACACAGCAAAGCCAGGCAGUGUUUCCUUAACAUGGCAUCAAUAUUGAAGUGGACGUGAACUCUAACAGGGGUUGUCAGGAAAGAGGAAUUCAAACAUUUAACAUUCGGAUCUUGUUCACAUUCUUAAUCUUUUAUACCGGGCGGAAAAGGAAAACAGAGCAAUUGCAAAAUGUAUCAAUAAUAAAUCAAGCGUUUUUGGAUGCUAUCAUUGCUUUAUGGUAACUCCUCUCUCACACUCGGCUGUAUCCCCGUUGGGAUGCAUAAGAGGGGAGAUGAACAGAUAUACAGCCUGUCUUUCCAGUGAACUCAUCAGCAGAAAUGUAGGGUCACUUCAUUAAUGCUUUCAUGGUUUAUGAAAUAAACAUGACGGUAGCUUCUAGUAAAAACAAAAAAGGGUAUGUUCAUAUGUACAGUGUAUAGGCUACUGUAUACAUUGUCACACUUGUGUCAAAUGUAUUUAAGAAUAACUCAAGUUUUACCGCUUUCUCAAAUCAUAAGGUAGUGACCAGGGGUGCUUUUAAGAUCCAGUAAUCAUAAAAUCUGGGAACAUAAAGUUGAAGUCGAAGUUUACAUACACCUUAGCCA